CUGAGCCCGAGUCAUUGCAAUCUGCUCCGGCAAAGCAUCCUUCAGCGUUCGGCGCUCUCGCCUCUACACGACCUCGCCUCUCCAACCAACGACAAGGCAGCGAUGUGCUGAUAGACCGAGCAAUUAAUACAAGAGGAGGGAGGGAGGGAAGGAAGUCAACUUGUGCAGCGUGCGGCUGGAGGUUGAUGGUUUUGCUCGUGAAACAGACAGGGUGAAGACGGUUGUUCGCUCUCCCUCUCGCACACGGUGACCAUGGAUAUGUUCAUGAAAGGGCUUUCCAAAGCCAAAGACGGGGUGGUGGCAGCGGCAGAGAAAACAAAGCAAGGAGUGGCAGAGGCGGCGGGGAAGACCAAGGAUGGGGUGCUUUACGUGGGCUCCAAGACUAAAGAAGGGGUGUUUCACGGAGUGUCCUCAGUGGCCGAGAAGACCAAGGAGCAGGCGUCGCUCGUCGGAGGAGCCGUGGUGACAGGAAUGUCCACAGUCGCUCAGAAGACAGUGGAAGGAGCUGGAAACAUAGCAGCAGCCACCGGACUGGUGAAGAAGGAACAGCUCGUGAAGCAGGAUGAAGAUUUCUACCGACAGGAAGGUGUGAUGGAUAGCACAGAAGCGCUGCAGAUGGAUCCUGAUGCUGAGACCUAUGGGGCAGUGCCAGGGGACGAAUAUCAAGAGUAUGAGCCUGAAGCGUGAGUAUCAAAGGAACGGAUGCACCAAGAACUCUUUCCCCCUUUUACUCUUUUUCCAUGUGGCAGUUCUUCAAUUCAGAUGUGACUAGUUGUAAAAUUCUUUCUUUAAUCCCCCGCCGAAUGUGAUUUUGUUCACGGCGUACUUUGAAGUCUUUCAUUUGCUGUAUUCGAGAUUGUUGUGGAUUUGACCAGGCUCCAUCCCAGAGAUCAUCUUCCAAUGUAAUGAGGAUCUGGUAAAGAGAGCCUCUCUAUUCUGUGGAUAUUAGGCUGAUAAUCCAUCCUUAGUCACUUGUACAAUUGAACAUGCUGUCAAUUAACAGCCGCACUCUGCACCCUGCUUCCAAAAUUCGGUUCUAUUGAAGUCAAUGGAACGGGAUUUCAGACAUGUAACACAAAAUACCUUUAUCACUGAAAAGCUCAUAAUUGAGGAUGAAUUUACACCCCACUAUUUCUGACCUCCAAAGUUACAAAACUGUCUGUUGUGAUAAUUCUACAAAUGAAAGACUUUGUGUGUGCGUGUGUGUGUGCGUGUGUGAGUGCAUGUGUGUGUAUGUCUGUAUGUGCGCGUGCGUCUCCGUGUCUGUGUGCGUAACUUUGUGCAACCCAUUUAUUGCUAUGUUCUCCAUGUCAGAUGACUGUUUGCUGAGGACUUUGUCUUGUGUACAAUGUUUGCAAUAGCCAGCAUGGAGCUAUGCACAUAGGUAUUCAAAUGUGACACUGAAAAUCAGUUUGUGCUGGUGUUUUGAUGAGUGUAUAUAAAUAUCUGGUGUUUCUGUGAAACCAAUUAAAUGGAAUGUACAAAACA